AUGCCGGGUCUUAUCUGCUGCAGUGGGGAGGAUGUGGACGCUCAGUCUGAUUUGGAGGUGAUCUUAGAGUUCCUGGAGGAGUACUACAGACAGAACUCUGCAGAAAACGAGGUGAAGGUGCACCACAGUGAGGCUGCUGAGGAGAGAAGUGCACCUGUGGAUGAAGCCUCGAAUGAGCAGCUGUGGACGUACUGUGACCCACCUAUCACAAAACCUACACCUCAGCCGUUCCUGGCACGUGAUGCCCCUCCAGCCCUCGGCCAAAACACGGCAGCGGCACCACCUGAGGGUGGGUCACUGCCAAACUGUGCGUCGACAAGACAAACAACCAAACGCCCGGCCACAGCAGCAGGGAGUGGUAAGAAGAUCAGACUCUUUCACUUUCUCUUCGAGAUGCUGGAGGAUCCCAGCAUGGCCCACUGCGUGUCCUGGGUGCCAGCGGCUGCCGGCGUCUUCCGGUUCUCCUCCAAGAACAAGGACCAGGUAGCGGUGCUGUGGGGCCAGAGGAAGGGCAACAAGAGGCCCAUGACGUACCAGAAGAUGUCCCGGGCCCUCAGGAACUACGCCCGGUCCGGAGAGAUCUUCAAGGUGAAGAAGAAGCUCACCUACCAGUUCAGCCUGGACACCCUGACGUCACUGCAGAGGUGUCGCCGAGGACAUGUGUGACGUACACAAGAUUUUGUAUCGCUCGGAUCCUCUCUUAUAAAACUCUAAAUGUGCUCUUUUUUAUAAUAUCUUUCUCAACUUUGAUUUCAAACAA